ACUUUCCAUCUUGUUGUUUAUUCAACUACUAUAUUUACGUUUCUAUAUAAAAACUCCAUGAAUGUGUUACUCUCAACUUCCUCCCAAAACAAAACAAAUUGCUUAAUAAUAAUAAUUACAUCAACGGCCAUGGAAGAGUAUCCACCGCACCAUUUCUUGUGCCCAAUCUCAAGAGAGGUAAUGAAAGAACCCGUCACCAUUUUCAGUGGCGUCACCUACGAUCGAACAAGCAUCGAAAAAUGGUUCUUUACAUACAAGAAGAAGACAUGUCCGACCACCAUGCAAAAAGCCUCCGAUUUCACCUUAACCCCAAAUCACACUCUCAAUCGCCUCAUUCUCUCUUGGCAAUCUCCCAAUACCACCACAACGACGUCAUCUCCUUCUUCUUCGAAUAGUAGUAAUUAUAAACACGAACACAUGGUGGAGCUUCUAAAGGCAAUCGAUUCCUCUCCGUUUAAGGUCCGAUCGUUGAAAGAAAUGCGUUCUCUUCUUCAAAUCGACGGCGAUGAAGCUGCCAAAUCGGAUUUUAUCAAAUCCAACGGCGUACAAAUCCUCUGUAAAAUUCUUACACAGAUUCUCUUUUCGGACGGAUCUGAUUUCGUUACGUUUCGAGCUUGUGAAGAAGCUAUAGCAGUUUUAUACCAGUUGGUUUCCGUAGUUGUUUUGUUAUCAGAAAAAGAAGAAGAACAUCAAGUGUUUGAUUUAUUGUCUCAACCAGACACAAUGAGAUCUAUGGUAACGAUGCUUCAAAAAGCCAGCGCAGAUACGAGGCUCCACACUCUUUCAAUUCUCAGAAACAUAGCAAAGAAGACAAAUUACGAUUGGAACUCAGAUCACGCAUCACAAGGAACAGAUUUCUUCAAGUCGUUGUUGGAGUUAGUCUCUGAUCAAAUCAGCACCAAGGCUAGCUCAUCAGCUUUAGAGGUUUUGAUAGAGAUUCUAAGCAAAUCAAAGAAGAGCAGGCUCCGAGCCAUCGAAGCAGGCGCGGUGUGCGUGCUCAUCGAGCUUCUCCCCGAAUCGAACAGAUCAAGAUGCGAGAAAAUGCUUUACUUGACAAAGCUACUGUGCGAAUGCGCGGAGGGAAGGACGGAACUGGUUGAGCACGGUAUGGGAAUAGCAGCAGUGUCGAAGAAGAUGUUGGAGGCUUCAAGGACGGCAACGAAGGUGGGUGUGAAGGUGCUGAGCUUGGUGUGUAGUUUUCAUGGGAAUGAGAAGGUUUUGGAGGAGAUGGUUAUGUGUGGAGCGGUAAAGAAACUUGUGGCUCUGCUUCAUAUUGAUGGGAGAAGCUCAACCAAAGAUAAGGUUGUGAAGAUGUUUAAGUUGCAUGCCAAUUCAUGGAAACGUUACCCUUGUUUCUCCACUCACUACAAUCAAUAUUUGGGCUUACUUGUUAAUACUAAUGAUAACAAUCAUCAUAUACAAUAGUGUCCAUUUUAUUUCAUUCCCACAAAAUUUUUUGAUGUUCGAAAUUUAAAUGUGUCACACACAUAUAUAAAUUAAAUAUACAUGUUAUUUUUAUUGUAAGAUCAUACAGUUUUCAACUUUCAAAAAGAUUAAAAAAAAAAAAGAAAUACAA